CAGAGAGCAUCAGAGAUGUGAAGGGAGGAGGGUGGUUAGGGGAGGGGCUGCGAGAGGCAGAGAAAGAGAGGCGGACAGUCAGCAGCAGCAGCAGCAGCAGCAGGUUUGUGAGAGCAGCAGAACAGAGGAGGAGGAGGAAGAAGGAAGGAGGAGGAGGAGGACUCAGAGCGAGAGAAACAGUGUGGCUGCAGUCAGGAGGGACACAAACACUGAGAGAGAGAGAGAGAGAGAGAGAGGGAGAGAGAGGAGGAGAUACAGAGAGAAGAGAAGGUUUCCUCCCCUCCUCACCCCACUGACCCAUGAAAGAAGCCAUGCCGGUCCUCACAGCAGGAGCGGGGCUACACGAAACGUUGGCCCUGCUGACCUCUCAGCUGCGGCCUGAUGCCAAUCACAAAGAGGACAUGGUCUUCCUCAAAGAUGUCUUCAGUGAGAGGAGCUUGGGAUACCUCAUGAAGAUUCAUGAGAAGCUGAGACAGUAUGAGAGACAGAGCCCAACGCCCGUCCUCCACAGUGCCUCUUCUUUGGCAGAGGAUGUGGCAGAGGAGCUGCAGAGCGGACCAAUGAGCACAGAGGAAAAGGAGCUGCUGCACCUGCUGACAUCACCACAUCUCAAGGCUGUUCUCUCGGUGCACGACACCGUGGCUCAGAAGAACUUUGAUCCAGUGCUGCCACCGCUGCCGGACGACUUUGAGGAUGAGCUGGAGGAAGAGUCGGUGAAGAUUGUCAGGCUGGUGAAGAACAAAGAGCCUCUGGGAGCCACCAUCAGGAGGGAUGAAGCUACUGGGGUGGUGAUCGUGGCUCGGAUCAUGAGAGGAGGUGCAGCCGACCGAAGUGGUUUGGUCCAUGUUGGAGAUGAACUCAGGGAGGUCAACGGAGUCUCUGUAGUCCACAAGAGGCCCGAUGAGAUCAGUCAGCUGCUGUCCCAGUCCCAGGGCUCCAUCACUCUAAAGAUAAUCCCUGCCAUUAAAGAAGAGGACCGACUGAAGGACAGCAAGGUGUAUAUGAGAGCCUUGUUUGAUUACAUCCCGCUGGAAGACAAAGCGACGCCUUGCCAAGAAGCGGGACUUCCCUUCAAGCGGGGAGACAUCCUGCAGGUCGUGACCCAAGAUGACCCCACGUGGUGGCAGGCAAAGCGCGUGGGAGACAGCAACCUGCGGGCUGGACUCAUCCCUUCCAAACAGUUCCAGGAGAGGCGACUGGCCUACAGGAUGAAAAUGGGCACUCUCCCGAAUCCAAAAUCCCCUAAAAAGCCUGUCUAUGACCAAGGAUGUGAUAAAGAGGACUGUGACUGUGAGGGCUAUUUCAAUGGACAGUACAUAGCUGGUUUACGGAGGAGUUUCCGGCUUAGUCGUAAGGAUAGACAAGGAUCCUCCGGAGAGGGCUCUGAUCCAGGAGACCCUGACUUCCUGACUUAUGAAGAGGUGACCCGCUACCAGCAGAGGCCCAAUGAGAGGCCGCGUCUGGUGGUUCUGAUUGGUUCUCUGGGAGCACGAAUCAAUGAACUCAAACAGCGGGUGAUUGCUGAAAACCCACAUCGUUUUGCAGUGGCUGUACCACAUACCACCAGGCCCAAGAAGCCUCAUGAGAAGGAGGGUGUGGAGUACCACUUUGUCACCAAACAGCAAUUUGACGCAGAUGCUUUAAACAACAAGUAUGUUUACACUGUGACUGUGUCACUUCUGUGUCUUUAUGUGAUUUGUACCCUGCUGAAAGUUUUGUUGUUUCUCCGUAGAUUCAUAGAGCACGGGGAAUACAAGGAGAACCAGUACGGCACGAGUAUAGAGGCUAUCCGCUCUGUACAGGCAAAGAAUAAGAUGUGUAUAGUGGAUGUGCAGCCAGAGGCCCUGAAGAGGCUGCGGACAGCAGAGUUCAAGCCCUAUGUAAUAUUCGUCAAACCCCGUGUUCCUGAGAGCAGACGUCGCCGCAGUGCUGCCACUUCACCAGGAGGGGGAGAGCAUGGACGCGUUACAGACGAAGACCUCCAGGAGAUGCGUCAGUCUGCCAUUCAGAUUGAUCAGCAGUAUGGACACCUGGUGGAUCGGGUCCUGAUCAAGGAGGACUCAGCCAGUGCCUGUGCAGAACUGCGAGGUAUCCUGGAGAGGCUGGAGCGGGAGUCCUUCUGGGUGCCUAUCAGCUGGGUGCGGACCUAAACUUUCCUCCCCUCCUGCAUCUUCCAGAAGAACUUCACAGCCAGCCCACCCAAAUCCUGCACUGGUCCUCCCCUAAUGAGCUGAUCCCCGCCCCCACCCCGCCCCCCUAACAGGCCUGCUGGCCAGCCUGGGAGUCUGCUGAACUCUCUUAAACUGACUGAUGCAGGGCUGGUCAGACAGCCAUCAACUGUGGCACCAAAGGGUGAGGAUGAUGCCAGAGGAACACCUCGUUAUCUGGGGUAUUGCAGCAGAUCGACAGCUCUCUUGGCCCAGAAAUCACAGUCUUACUGUCACUUCAAGUCGUAUUUAUUCAGGUUCGGUUUUAAUUUAUUCGUCGACGUCAAAGACAAAGGACAGAUGCAAGUUUGUAGUUAUAGAAGUGUUUUAUUCCUCACACUGUCACUCUUUCUAGCUGUGUUGCUCACUAGAGUGUGGCAGGUUUGGGAUCCCACUCAGAGGAUUGCUCAGUCAGUCAGCUUUAUCGUGACUCUUGUUGGAGUACCUUUAGUAGCAUGUUUUUUUAGGUUUACAGUUUUAUUCAACUCAAUGCCAAUCGCAGAAUGCUUCCUGUUAAUUCUUACUGCUCAUGCACCCUGUACAGUAUAAGAACCAAGCAUACAUUCAGCAGAACAGGAGAAAUAAUCAUGUAAAGUCAAGUGAAUGCCAUUUGUUCUUUUUGCUAAAUAUAAUUUCCACACAAAACAAAAUAUUCAAAUGGAAUGUGAGAACUUUAUUUUCUACGAUUCAGUUUGUUUUUAGGAAACGCAUGAAAACUGAUUAUUUAAUCUCAGAUGUAAAUACUGUAAAUGUUUACUCCUCGUGUGCCAACGAAAGAUCUCGUAGCACUUCAAUGCAACCUGUUUACCUUUGAUCCCUUGGAACCCACAUCUGUUUGUGUGUAGAAUAACGCCGUGCACAAAGUAUGUGUGGAUGGAUGUCACAAUGUAUGUUUACGUACACCAACCUGAGAUGCUCCUUUUACGUACAGGAAUGGGUUUUGUACAGUUUCCUUGCACAUAUCUGUAUUUUUGACUGCUGAAGAAGAGGCAGGUACUAGAUGUCUGUUUUCUUUGAUAAUCAGGGUUUUGCUUUAUUGAUGUCAGAAAUGGUUUGGAGACGAGAGACCUCAUAUCCACUGAUUUCAAAUCAGAAUUGAAACAAUUUGACGAUAAAUUGAUUAACAGAUAAUUAUUAGUAACUGUUGGUUAAUUAAUUUAUCAAGCAUAAAUGCCAAAUAUUCUCUGCUUGCAGCUUCUUAAUUGAAAGGACUUCAUCUUGUCUUUUCUUUUGUGAGGGCAGACAAAGUUUUGAGUGUUGGUUAACAUGCCCCAUAUGUACAUUGACAGAGUUCUUGGUUGUAGUAACUGUUCCUUGUCUCUCUACUGGGUGUGCAAACAUCCCAUCCUAACACAAGUGUAAUGAAAGUGAUGGGGGACUAAAUCCACAGUCCUCAUUCCAUGUACAAAUGCAUUCAGAAGUUAAGCCCAAGCUUAUACAGGGCUGAAGCCAAGUGAGCCAAAUCAAGUCGGUUGGUUCCAAAGUUACUGUCCCUCUGCAAAGGCUGGCCAAACAAAAAGUUUGUACUAACUUUGAAAGGGAAACACAUAGCUAACUCAGACUGCUGACACCUCAGCUGAACUUCACUAAAUGUUAGACAGAGGAAGGAUUUUGUCCCUCAUCGCUUUAUACUGAAAUUGCUUAGGAAAGGAGCUUUUCGCAGACAGCAUGGAGAGGAGAAACUAUUACAGCCACCAAAUGUUCACAUAGGCAGAACCUAUCACUCCUACACUGUAUGUGUGCAGUUAAAAUGAAGCUGCUUCCAGAUCCUUGGUUAUUUUUCUAAACAUGCAAUGUUCUCUUGAUCUCUUCAUGUUCUGUAUGAACCAAGAAACCCAGAAUGUUGAGUUGUAAUGUGACCUGUACAAAGUGCCAUAAUAAAGCUAGCUGAGUCAAAUGUUUGGUAUCUGACCAGAAUAAUUCUUUUUUUAGUGUUUGCAAUACAGUGUUUGCUCCUCUGCCUAUGAAAGCCUGCAGUUUCCUCUGACAUUGAUGUGUGUGUGUUUACCUUACAGCUGUUCUUGGCUUCAGUGGAGUUCAUUUAAAUGCCUC